ACAGAUUAAUGUGAUGAUCUGAUUGUACCGGUCUGUUUUCCCAUCUGCAUCUCUGGCAUCGAUUCACCGGCCUGUUGCUGGACAGGCUGUGCAUGACAUGCUGCUGUCCUCGCCCGCCGAUUCGUCUCCAUCUGCCUGCAGCCUGUACCACCUUCCAUCUUCCAGAAGAGCUGGUUUAACGGCUAACGUUUCACCCGCGGUUUUGCAAGCAAAGCAGGGAUUCAACACAGCAAUGUCUGAGGAGGUCGAAGGAACGAGGACUUCGGAGGAACAGCAGGAAAUGGAGGACAAAGUAAUUAGUCCUGAAAAAGCAGAGGAGGCCAAACUGAAGGCCAGGUAUCCUAACCUGGGAGCCAAGCCUGGGGGCUCAGACCUGCUCAGGAAAAGACUUCAGAAGGGGCCAAAGUAUUUUGACUCUGGUGACUACAACAUGGCCAAGGCAAAGAUGAAGAAUAAACAGUUGCCAUCGGCCCCAACAGAGAAGACGGAGAUCACCGGGGGGCACAUCCCAACACCUCAGGACCUGCCUCAAAGGAAGACUUCAAUUGUGGCCAGCAAACUGGCUGGUUGAUGGUUUCAUGUUUUACUCUCUUGUUACCAUUCCGACACCCACUUCAUAUCUACCUGCUGUUUACGUUUUUGUUUGUUUUUCACCUUUCUAUGUAUUCUCCAAGAACAAGUAAUGUACCAAGCCAAAUUCUUGAGACAAAGGCACUGAAUUUUGAGUGGGUUAAAUCAAAUAAGUAGCUGAACAUGUUUCAAGAUCUUAAAAAAAGUAAAUUGUGAUUGAUUAUAAACGAUAUUAUAAAAAUGAAUGGAUGUUAAUGGUAUCUCGCAUAACAUUUUCACCUUUAAGGAUAUAUAUGCCUCCGUACAAAUUGCUUGUCUAACAGAAGUUGAAGAACCUCCGCAGAGAAAUCUUGUUCUGCCAUAUUACUGAUAAUUACUGAGGCAAAAAUACUUGAGUUAUGACCGCAGACAGUUUGCAUUUAUGUAUGAAGUAGAAGUGUGACAGAUAUGCUGCUCAUAUGGAGGCAUAUCUGUUUUAAAUAGUGAAGUGAUGUUAUCUUGCUUUUUUCUUUUCUAAUCCUUUGUUUGUGUCCCCUCUCUAUGAAGCUGUUUGAUUCUGUGCUUUCAAAGUACUGACAAUUAGACCACACACUUUAUAGCCAGCUGUAUUUUAAUUCAUUUUAGUGACAUUCGUUUGCAAGGACUUGCUGCUGGUGUCCAUUUCAUCCUAACCUCUAAAAUGGCCUUAAAAGUAAUGAACCGUUGUUCCUCUUGAGCAAUAUUUGCUCCCUCAGUGAGAAUCUUGGUUAUGAAUUUUGCCUGAAAUGUCUGUCACUGUCUGACUGGAAUCACUUAGGAUUUUAUGGAAAGAAGCUCCCAUGACAUGUCUGGAGUGUGCAUGUGCAGUCAUACUGUGCCAUUUGUUUUGUAAAUAAAAUAGUUUUGCAUAA